GUGGGGGAAGUAUAAGGCAUGAAUAACGAUAUGUACACAUGCUGAGGUAAAUACCUACACCACUAAGGACCUCGGUAGAUAAGUGUCCUACACGAACGAUGGGUAACCAUUGUAUGUAACAGUUCACAAAAACCAGGUUGGAGGACAGGACAACAUCGUCAAUAUACUUUCGACCAUGGACGUUCGGACCCUUACUCUUUGUUGUUUGUUGGCGGUUUUACUUCCAGUAAGUCUGACCGACAACGUAAAGGUGGAGUACUUCACCACUGUUACACUCGCGUGCGACAACCGUGAUUUAAAUAUCACCACCAUUCCUGGUAACGGCGGCGAUAUACAAGCCAAGUAUUGGAUUCUCCCGUCAGGGGAAAAGAUUGACAAUACUUCUACUGCAAAAAUGCAGAAAGGAAAAUUAUCCUGGACAAUAUCGGAUUGGUUCAAUUACAGCCUCACUGUCACAAAUGUCAAUGAUGAAGAUUUCGGAGUCUACUACUGUGUUUUAGUAAUGCCAAACUACCACGUGGAAAUCGUUCAGAAGGGUCUAAAUGUUGACGGGCCUGAUUACUCCAAAUUAAUUGAACGUUAUCGACACAAUGCAAUGAUAGGUGGAAUAGCCGCAGCUGUUCUUUUUAUUGUCAUCUGUGGAGCAUGCUUGAUAAAUCAUUUCCGGUAUAGUUCAAAGAGAAGUAAAAAUGGCAAAGAAGGAGGAGAGCUUGACGGGGGAUAUUACGACAAUGCAGCAGUAGAUCCUGGUACGGAGGGAGGUAAAACUAACGGCCAGCAUGAUAUAGAGACAUCCGAGAAGUUGUAAUAGAUCUAACCCCAGCUACGCCCAACCCCAUUAGUGUAAUGGUACAUUGAUGAGAAUUUCAAAAAAACAUUUUCCCAAUAAUAAUGACGGAAAAACUGCAUAUCCUUGGCUUCAAAAUGAUUAUGAUACAGAUGUACUAUAUUCCAUAACACUCAUAUUCGUGUAGACGUUUUCCGAAGGAUAUGAUACUAACUUUAAAAGGAUGAAAAGGGUGGCAUGUUACAAGAUACAGAUGAUGUGAGCAGUGUAAAAUGUCUAAUUUGCUGAUCAGGUGAUAGGAGUGCUCACUGACGUGACUAGGAUUAUGUGUGAAAUGUAGUGCAAUUGCGAAAUUGUAUUGAGUUAACAAAUCCAGAAUUAGAUAUGCAACAUUCUACAAUGAAGACGUGUAUAAGUUAUCAUGCAUAAUAUUGGCUGUUGUCUACUGGUUAAACAUAAAUAUAUUAAUAGAAAAGCAGAAAUAUCGUUUAUAUAAAUGUAAACUUCUUGUGUUUUGCUUAACUAUCAAUGAAGUUAAGUGAUGUUUUUGAGUUUUUUAAAUUCUAAUAUUUAAUUUUGUUUUGUUUCUGGCUGAAGUGAAGUUACGUUGUAAGGGAAUGACAGAGAACAAAAGAGUAUGGUUUCUACCCUAGGUAAUCACAAGGUACCUUUAAUAUUAUACGUGUUUACUGCUAUGUUGGUCCCCGCAACAGUUAAUGUCGAAGUAUCAAGGGCUCAGGCCCCCAAUAUGUCAUAACUUUGCUUUUAUCAUUAUAUUCACAGCUAACCUAUAAUUGUGUUUGAUUAUUGCUUGAAUCAGAAACAUCAACAUUGUUGUUGCUAUUUUUCCGAUUUGAUGAUGCUUUUCCUGUGUAUUGUACGUAGUCGUGGCGUUUUGGCUUUUACCAAUAUCAAUAAUCAGAUUUCCUUGCGAGUGUGCUAUGGAAGUUUGUGCUGUCCGAAAAGUUUGCGAGUUCGACCAUUAUCGAGGAUGUAAUAAAUUUCACUUAUAACAACAUCUGUUGGAUAUGUGUUUGCUUACGUUAUAGGAGAUUGCAGAGUGAUUUUCAUCCGUCUUAUACUGUUAUCAUACUGUAUGUAUUUCAAAUCAAAUGACGGGAGACAACUUGGUACAUGAAAGUUGACCAGCUGGUUGUGCGAUUCGCUUCAUAUAUAUGUACAAAAGAAACAAUGACAGAUUCGAAAAGUUGAAAAAGUGAACGGAAUCCGUCAAGUUUAUCUUUUUGUUUUUGAAUAAAUGAUCGUGUAAUCUGUUGAUGGUGCGCAUCGCAAGUAUUGAUA